AAAAUUCUGUGUUGACAUCCAACAGAGUUUAGGUAAGCUGGGUGAUUUUGUCUUGCUUUCCUUCUAAAAUACUGAUUGCAAUCAUUCCGAUCCUGAAGAAUUGGCACUACCGUGACUGAUCGCUGUAUUCGACCGAUAUAAACAUGGAUCUGUUGGAUUCAAUACUAGGUGCAAUGGAUAAACCACCAGUAAAAGACAAAAAUAAAUCGCAGAUGUACGAAAAACAAAAGCAGCAGUAUGAAACUCAGAAAAAUAAGCAACGGGAAGAACUGAAUCGCUUUCGAUCGUAUGUGGAAGAGCGAUUGGGGCGUUUCGUGAAAGAUGAUAAUCGGCAUUACAUGGAAUUUCAGCCGCUGGACCAGGUGCAUCGCUCCAUCGUGCACGACAUUGCCGAAACGGCUGGUCUCUUUGGAAUGAGUUUCGGGAUGGAGGGAGAACGAUACAUAGUGGUGUACAAGAAAGAGCAUCAGCCAUGCGAGGAUGAAGUGAACGCUCGAAAGAAUGGUGAAGCAUGGAAUGCCGAAACCGCACAACAAUAUGCAGAACGUGCCAAACUGUUGCGCUUAAAGUCCCUCGAAGACAGGGAAGCGGCUACGAAAGCGGUUGAGAUCAAACCAAGCUCCAAUUACAACAAAAAGUAUCUGCACAUUUUUGGAAAUGAUGCGACAACAGAAACUGCACAUAAAACGGAACUCAACAGAUCUUACGGAUACGUACCCAGCGAGAACAAAAAAGAUGUGCGCUCCAUUGAACAGACGAUGGCGGACAUUUCAGCAAAGAAGCGGUUUAAAGCUCAACACCAUCAGGCGGAGCCACCUGUGCUUUAACCCACAAAACGGUGCAUAUUAAGAUUAAGAGGCGCCAGUACACAUCAUCUUAAUUAGUAGUAAUAUUAAAAUAAUAAUACCCUUUGUUGUAGAUUAUCCUUGAUGGAUUAGCGUAAGUAUUUUGAAAACACAUUACCUUCUACUGUUGAAUUGCCCGCCCAACAUGUAUUGGUCAUUUAUGGUUUUUGGCUCUUCAGCAAGCGGAGCGGAACAUAAAAGAGAAAAAAUCUACCGAUGGAUCAGGAUUAGAUUGCACAUAUUUCGGAAUGCAAAUGCAAGUAAAUCCUGGUUUAGCGUUAUGCUACAAAUUAAUUUAGUUUUUUGUGCAUUUUUCUUAAAUAACCAAGGUGCGCCACAAACUUCUUUCCUGCUUUCAGUUGUAGAGAGAAACUUAGCUUUAAAUUCACAUACAUUGUUUUGUUUGCGUGAAUGCAUGGAUAAAAGUACAAUUAAUAAUAAUGAACAGCUCUGUGUCACGUAGUUCGUACAUUGAGUGAAUAAAACCGAUGAUUGGACAUGUC